CUUAUGUAUAUCAAAGAAAUAUAAAAUUAAAACAAAGAAAAUAUGAAUCAAUCUUAUAUGUGGGCAAAUUCUAGCGAUAGCGUCGAUAUAACAACGGGAACAAGAAUAAACUACUGGCCGCAAUUUGGAGUCUUGCAAUACUUCGAAUUUGCUUAUAUCGUCUCAAUAAUUGCAUUGGGGUCUCUCGGAAAUCUUGUCGUCAUAUUUUCUAUUAUUCUGGACAAGAAAGUGCAUUCUGGCGGGAAUAUAUUUAUUAUAAAUCUAGCAAUAGCGGAUUUUUUCAUAUGCUCAAUCACACUACCAUGUAUAGCUGUCACAAUAAUAAAGACGAAGCGAGUUGUCGAUGAUAUAUUCUGUGAGGUGGUCGGAUUUAUUGUGACCGCAACUUGUGCUUGUUCACUGUGUAAUUUAGCCCUAAUCGCUGCUAAUAGAUACUGGGCUAUUGUGAAGUCUUCUUGCUACAGACAAAUGUUUUCAAAAAGACUUGGACUUUGUUUGGCAAUGUCAGCAUGGAUAUGGUCAAUUGCUAUUACGAUGCCAACAGUACUGGGAUGGGGAGAUAUCGCGUACGAUGCAAAGUCUCUAAUAUGUGGUUGGCAUGAUGCAGCAUCCCUUUCGUAUGCAAUUUUCCUAAUUGUGAUUGCGGUAGUUUUACCUCUUGGAACGAUAAUCUUCAGUUAUUACAAUAUAUUUAGAGAGGUUCGGUCAAGUUUGCAAGACGUGCGAAGUUUGGGAAAAAGAAGUAUCUCAUCACAGUCAAGUAGAUCGAGAUCUUUAACUAAGGAGCGAAAUCUAGUUUACACGCUCAUGACGACUGUGGUUGUAUUUUUUGUUUGCUGGACACCAUACGCCGCGCACGCUUUGGUUAAUCCUUCGAAUGUGAAGCCUCAUGUUAAAAAGGUGCUCGUAUGGUUGGCGCUCAGCAAUUCUUGCGUCAAUUUUAUAAUCUACGGAGUCAUGAACCAGGCAUUCAAGAAGAGAUACAAAAAACUAUUUAAUUUUAUAUUUCAGUGUGGAAAGCGUGAUCUGUCAGCAUCUAUGCAACUAGGUUAUGCUUCUGCAAAGGAAACCAAUUCUUAAUAUAAAUCUACACC